AAGGGGCUGAGGGAUUGGGGGCCCUUCAGGCUGUCUGGAGCAGGACAGGAGAGUUUUUAUGGCUACUUUGUCUGCACGUUCUUGUGUCCUGAGCCUAUGGUUCUGAUGAGUGUUUAGAUAAUUUAUGGGUUCUGCUGUUUCAGUCUUCAGGCGUCCUUGCAGCUCCUCUCUCACAGUUUGACCUUGGGUGUGCUACAUACCCCUGAGCCUAACUUUCUGCGUCUCUAAAAUGGGAUAGUGGGGGUGAUCCAUCUUGCUCCCCAGAAGGGCAAUGGCACAUCACAUGCUCACACAUAUGCCACCCAGCUGUGCCCAACAAAAUUGUGACUGGACUGCACCUAGGCUAGAGCUGGGGAAUACUAGGUGUUUUCAUGAAAAACAAAAACCAGACUACCUUGCUGAUUCAACAUAUGAGAAAUGUUCUCUUUGGUUUAAAUUCCAUUUAUUUGGCGCUCUAUUCAAGAGUAUAUAUAGACUAAAGAUGGGAAAGCUCAAGGAGGCUUAACCCAUUCCAUCAUAUAUGACAUUGAAAAUUAGUAAACAAGUUGCAGAAAACUGUGUCACCAGGUGGCCUAAUCCUUAGGGCGCCUGCUUUAAGACAGUUGACCUCAGGCGUCUUCUGGAGCUGGCUGUGACACACUCACUGAGUGGCCACGGGCAGGCCUUUUCCUUCUCUGGACCUCAGUUCUACCACCUGUGGGAAUGACUCAAUGGAAGGUUUUAGCACCCCUGUUUCAAGGAGGAGGGAACUCAAGUUUGGGGAGUGAAAUGUGCAGCCCAGGUCCCUCAGCCCACUGGCAGCAGAGCCACAGGCAAUCCCAGGUGUCCAUCCUGCAGCCCUGUUCCUUCUUCCUCCGGAACCCCCUUUUCCUGGGCUCAGACUGGCAUUUGUGGAGGCAAGCGGAGGCUGACCGCGGCAGGCUGCUUGCCAAGAAGGGCAACAUGAAGCUGCAGUACAAGGGGGAGAAGCAAUUCCAGCCUGUGGCACAGUUGCAGUACCCUCAGCCCAAGCUGCUGGAGCAGAGGUCCACACAGCUGCUGACACUCACGCCCUGGUUGGCACCGAUCAUCUCAGAGGGAACCUUUGACCCCACGCUUCUGCAGAACAUCUACCAGCCGCUGAACCUGACCAUUGGGGUCACAGUGUUUGCUGUGGGGAGGUACACUCGCUUCGUCCAGCACUUCCUUGAUUCGGCCGAGGAGUUUUUCAUGCGGGGUUACCGUGUGUCCUACUACGUCUUCACUGAUGACCCAGCGGCCAUACCUCACGUCCUGCUGGGUCCUGGCCGGCUCCUCAGUGUCAUCCCCAUCCAGGGUUACUCCCGCUGGGAGGAGAUCUCCAUGCGCCGGAUGGAGACCAUCAGCCAGCACAUUGCCAAGAGGGCGCACCGUGAGGUGGACUACCUCUUCUGCCUCGAUGUGGACAUGGUGUUCCGGAAUCCGUGGGGACCUGAGACCUUGGGGGACCUGGUGGCUGCCAUUCACCCAGGCUACUAUGCUGUAUCCCGCCCGCAGUUCCCCUAUGAGCGUAGGCGUGUUUCUACCGCCUUUGUGGAGGACAAUGAGGGGGACUUUUAUUAUGGUGGGGCAGUUUUUGGGGGCCAGGUGGCCAGAGUGUAUGAGUUUACCAGGGGCUGCCACAUGGCCAUCCUGGCAGACAAGGCCAACGGUAUCAUGGCAGCCUGGCAGGAGGAGAGUCACCUGAACCGCCGCUUCAUCUCUCACAAGCCCUCCAAGGUGCUGUCCCCUGAGUACCUCUGGGAUGACAGGAAGCCCCAGCCACCCAUCCUGAAGCUGAUCCGCUUUUCAACACUGGACAAGGAUACCAACUGGCUGAGGGGCUGACAGCAGAGGAGGGGCUACCACAUUCUGUUACCCAAAGCCCUGUAGCCAGGUCGCCCAGAGGAAUACUUGGGUCCCCUCAGUGGAGCACCUGGAUCCCCCCCAGGGAGCCAUCUUACACCAGUGCCUCACUUCUUCAGGUCUUUGGUGGGCACCAGCCCUGCCCUGCUUACUACCUCUCAGUCUGUCAGGAGAAUCCAGCCAGAAAAAGGAUGUGGAAAGGCCUGCGUACACAGUGAAGGGCCGUAUACACUCAACACAAAGGUCACAUGAAUGUGGCACAGGAAUGGUUGGACGUGAGGACAGGAGAUAAAGAAGUACAAGAAGGCAGGGCCCUACAGGCCUCCCACAGCAGAAGUGCCUUCCGGGUGAGGCAGCAGAGCCUCAGCCCCACUCAAGUGCCUGAGAACCCACCUCUGCCCCCUUUGCUUGCGUACUGCCCUUAAAGUUGCACUGAUGACACCCUAGUGUGGAAGACUUCCCAGAUCCGUUUUCUCUGGCUGGAGAGGGUCCUGAGUACUGUGAUGCCCCCAAGCACAUGUAGCCAAGUCCUCACUUAGAACUGAGAAACCAGCCUUUGAAACGCACAACGCCUAGGCUUUCGGAGUUAAGUCCAGCGCACACCCUAUGGCCAGCCAUACACUCUUAUACCAGCUGCCUCCUUUGCAAGAGGGCUUAGGGCAGUUUUAAUGAAGGUGGCAUGUGAUAGACCCUCAUCAGGGGUCUGUCCACCUACAUGUCUGAGUGUCUGUCAGGCACUGGAGACCCAGGCAGCUUGGAUUUCAGGUACACUUGCAGUGGGGGUAAGGAGUGCAGAAAACCUGGGCUAAAACCAGCUGCUGCAACAGAUGGUGGGACUUAGUUCUGAUCCUCCUGGGAGUCUGGGUGAAGUGGAAACUUGCUGAUGACUGACUGCACUCCCAACUGAGUAAAAGGAAGCAGAACCCUCAA